AUGGAGUUCUCACAUUCAGGGGGCUCUAUCUACUACCGAUAUCAGGCUUCCUUUGCCUAUGACAGGUACAGGAGAACACUAUGUUGUGCAGGUCCGCGGGCAAAUGAAAUCCGAGGACAUUGGGGUUCGCUUCACACUCGUCUUCCAACCUACGAUGAAACGAGAAUGAAUUAUGGGCCAGUCGUCUUGAUUAACGAAUUGGGCCCAGGGCUAUCAGGCCUGAAAUUAUAUACGUUGUAUCGAGACUCGACCCCCCCCUUUGGCGUUGGAAUCGUUCUCGACAACCCCAAACCAACCGAGGCUUCGGUUACCAAGAACGACUUCGAGGAGCUUUUCGUUCAGCUGAUGCUGCGCCAAGUCAACUUCGGCCUUAGCCAGCCAAGCGUGCUGUCGAUACCUCCCGGCGACCGCGAGUCGGCCGCAGAGAAAAUAGUGUCUCUCUUCGAUAGCUCUCUUCGUUAUCAAGGAAACAACGACAGAUGGGCCGCGUCGGGGCGGAGGUAUUUUACCGAGCGCGUCCGAUACUUCACCUCGCAGGGGAGGUCGGUUGAGUUCUGUCUUCCCGCGUUCCCGUGCAAGUCAUCGAACACGCACAAGGUCACGGGUGAAGACCCAGACCGAGGAGAAGAGCUCGCGCUAGAGCGCCUGAACGAGUUUGUGGAAGGCAUCGAAAAGGUAUAUGCCCCGGGUGCAAAGCUCUGGGUAGUUAGCGACGGUCAUGUUUUCAGCGACUGUGUCGGCGUUGAUGACCAAACCGUGGACUCGUAUGGUCGAAAACUCCACCAGAUCAAUCAUGACAUCGGCCUCAAGCGAGGAACUACGGAUCGAGUUGGCUUUAAGUCUAUCGUGGACUUGUUCGAACUCGACAGACUCCAAACCUGGUUUAAAGCCUCGCAACUUGAUAUGCCAACCAUCGACCAUCACAUCAAGACACAACUGGCCGCCGAAUCCGAGAUGAGUAGACGUAUCCUCAUGGCGGGCUGUCGAUCGCAUUCAUCUACGCUCCGGAAUCAAAUCGAAUCGCAAAAUCCGGCCAUCCUAGCCUUGUAUCGCGGGUUUUCCCGGUUCAUGCUCGAGGACCUGAAAUUCAACCGCUCCACGUGUUCAAAGAGCCGCUCGGGUCAGAAGAAGCUUUCUACCAAAAUAGCCUUCGAGAUGAUACUGCGAAACCAAGCUUAUUCCAAUCUUGUAGAGAUGCUCUUCCCCAACCACGUCCGCCUUUCGAUCCACGCGCACAACAAUGCCGGGCCUAAAUUUGGCAUCCAGUUGUUCGACCCGGAGAGAGUCCGAGCCGUCGAAUCGCUUCCGCCGAACAACAGUCCGUCAAUGAAUUCACGCGACCUGUUGCACAUACCCACUCCAUGGCACAAUUGUGUCGUGGAAGUGGCGGGUCACGAGUUUCUGUACGUGAGCAAGGCCAAGGUAGCCCGCGAAGCGCUGAGAACUGGCGAGAUGACGGGAGGGCUGCGCCCCGAGACGAGCCAGCCAGAAUAUCCUAGCAGAAACAGAGAAUGA